ACAUAGAUCUGCGUUGACUUCCUCCUACUCGGGCGACGACUAGGGACCGCGGACUGCAGUAAAAGUGCUGUUUAGAAUCUGAUUGAGAUUUCAGUUUGCUGGGAGACGAUCGUCGAACGAGACCGUAGCUGAAUUUUCAUGUCGCGCUGUGGCUAGACAUCAGGAAAAUAUAUAUAUUCCUAUAUAUAUAUAUAUAUAUAUAUAUAUAUAUAUAUAUAUAUAUAUGCAUGUGCUACCAGCUGGCAGUGGCAGUUUUGAGUGCGGCAAGACGCGUCAAGUGAAAUCGAAUUAUAUGAAAUAGAAAACCAAUCAAGCGCCUAAAGACGAUUAAGUGACGGCAAAACCCAGACGAAAAAAUCGACCAAGAUGACGACCCACCAGUUGCUAAACAAGAAUGUUCGCACCAUGCCCUCCUGGGUGAUGGAGGCAAAUGACCGCAUUGGGCCCAAACCGCCACCCACGCCACCAAACGGUGUGGCUGGCGGUCUUCCCAAGGCGCCUGCUCUGCCGCCCAAGGCGAAGAGUACACCCGAGCCGGACUACGAGACCAUCGAGUUCUCCAGCCAGCAGUACUCCAACGAACCGAUGAAGACCACAGUGAUUAGAACCAAGACACCAGAUAACAAACUAAAGUGCACCUUGUGCGGUUCCCAGAAUCCGUGGGUAACCUGUGCCGAGUGCGCCGGCCAGAUCUUCUGCGCCUCCUGCGACGACAUGUUCCACAAGCAUCCCAAACGUAAGCAGCACAUGAGAAAGGCUGUGGAGCAGGGCACACCGCCGAUUCCGCCAAAGGCACAGGCCGGUGGUGGGGCACCACCACCAGUGGCACCUCCGCGACGCAGCAAACGAGGCCUGUUGACACCGUUUCUGGGCCGCAAGGAUCAGAUGCUGCCGCCGCCCUCGCCCACGCCCUCGCACAAGUCGCUGGGCGGCUGGCGGGGAUCGCUCGGUGGCGGGGCCACGCCCCCAGUGCCUCCAGUUGCCAGCAGCUCAGCCAAUCAGAUGAACAACCGACCACUGCCCGAUCCACCGCGCAGCGAGGGCGGGGGUUCUUCCAGAUCGGGCACCCCCAAGUCCGUGUUCGACACCAUCCAGCGACCGCCGUCGGUGCAGCUGGAGAAGAUCAAGAGCAAGGCCAGCGCCACCCUGGACCGCAUGGCCAUUCUGCAGCAGCGGUACCGCCAACAGAAGGCUCGCCAGGAUCUGAGCGCCAACAGCGAACAGCAUUUGUCGAAUGGAGCCGGCUUCGAGCACUGGUCAAACAUUUCACCAUCGCCCUCGCAUUUUCGUUCCGGCAGCAUGUCAUCCGGUCUGAACUCAUCCCAUUUCGAUCUCUCGGAUGACUCACAAUUUCACAAUUCCUUGCUGCUCCAACAACGACAGGCGGCCGGCGCCCAGCGGCGGCAGAUGAGCACCUCGGUGUUCAAUCUCAACUCAAAUCCACGUCGACCACUGGCCGAGGCCCAGAACGGAAGUGCCUGGCUCGCCAAUCAGCGCAUCCAGCAGGCCCAAUCUCUGGCGCAGCUAAACUGCGCUGGAUGUCAGCAGAGCCAGCAGCAUCCUGGCUGGGCACAGCAUCCGCACCAACCACAUCCUCAACACCAGCAUCCUGAUCAGUGGUCACAGUUCGGCUCCCAACAGCAGUUCAACAACUCCAAUAUGUCCCUGAACGUUGGACCGGGUUACAUGUCGCAGCAACAUCAUCCACAUUAUCCGCCGCCGGUGUUUAUGACCCAGCGCGGUAUGAUGCCCAAUGUGUAUCCAGGAGCACCCGGCUAUCCCAUGAUGCAUCCAGGUGUCAUGGGAAUGCCACCUUCAGCUGCCUCCAGAGCUGCAUCCCGUUCCCGGUACGCUGCAUCACCAACACCCAGCCGCAAAUCGAUGUCCUUGCGUCGCAAGCGCAAUAGCUACGUGGAUGACGAACUUACGGAUGACGAGGACUCCGACCAGGAUGACCGCAGAUCCUUGGUGUCCAAUCGCUCGGGCAUGACCAGUGCCUCGCGCUCCCAGCACCACCAAAACCACAUCCAGCCGCGCCAAAGGCGCCUGUCCAGUGCCUCCCAACUCAUAGCCAGCGAUGAAUUAGAUGGCGAUCAGAGGCAUCACAAGAUGCGGAAUCGUCGGGGAUCCAUUGCCAAGUCCGUGCUGAGUGAGUGGCUACCGGAGCGACGCGAAAAUGAGGGAACCCUUACCAGAAACAAAACAGCAACGGACUCGGCCAGAACCAGUCGCAUUUACUCCGAUCUGGAGUCUGAGGGAUCGGGUGCUCGGGCCUUGGUACAAGCUAAGAUUCAGCAAAAGCUCCAAGAAGCCGAUCAGCACAAAUCCUCAAAGAAGGCUGAGCCAAAACGCAAGCCGGAGAUGAAAGACGAGAAUACACAGGCUGCGGCGGUGGUGCAGAAGGUGGUGACGCCAGCCCAUGAGGAGAGUGCCUCGGAAUACGAGGAAGUGGUCAAAGAGGUAACCGCAUCGGAGAGUGAGGCUGAGGCUCAAACAGCACCCGAUCCACAAGAAGUUCCUGACGAGAUUGGUGCAGAUGACCUCGGUCCACCACCUUCCACCCCAGACCACGAAUGGGAAUGCGAGUUCUGCACGUUUGUGAACGAGCCCAACAUCAAGAUCUGCUCCAUAUGCUGCAAGACGCCCAGCAAACCUCCAGUGCAGCCCAACAAGUCCAAAAAGGUAGAGGAAAAACCACAGCCUCCAGCUGAAAAGUCAAAUAAUAUCAAGGCGUCUUCCAAGACGGAAACGAAGCCUGUACAAAAGCCUACAACAAAGAGCCAACAACCUAGUCAGAAAUCCGUUGCUGCUUCGUCAAAGACAACUCAUACCAACUCCACACCUAGCUCAAAAGCGUCGCCAGCUGUAAACUCCAAGAGCACCUCCAGUAUUCCCAUCAAGACACCAUCGAAAUCCACACUGAAAACUUCGUCGGAAAAUGAAUCUGAUAACUCGCUGGCCAAGAGUCUUCUGCACAAAGAGUCCGUUGAAAACAUUUGGAAUACUCUGGAUGAGAGCAUUCAGGCGCAGGCGGAGCAGGUACUCAAGAAGGCUCAAAAGGUCUCCACGGCCUGUGGUGGAACUCCUCCCCGUGAAAUAGCGGCCGUGGAAAUGGGAACCUCACCGCCUCCUCAGAGCAUUUCCACGCAGACCUACGACGCUCUGCCCUUAAACACAAAGCAAGAGGAGAUCCUCCCCGUUGUUCCUGACCGCUUCACGACUCCAGAUCCAAAUAAGAUGGAGCGACGUCCGCACUAUCGCAGCAAUUCUCAGCUGCAGCAGGAGAGUGACCGAUAUCGGAGUGCAAACGACCUGCGGUAUCACGACGGCUUUGGAUUGGAUCCCUAUAGUGCCGGUCUGGUCACCAAAAGACCCAAUUUCAUAAACGAGCUCCGCGUGCUCCAGCUUCAAGUAUCUUCACCUUUCGAUAUGCCGCAUGAGACAUUCGGAGUCAAGCACGAGCCUGCCAGAGAUCCCGAAACGGAAAUGCACAUCAUACUAAAAGAACUGGAGCUGUACAAGUUCACGGUGGAGGAACUGGAAGCGGCCCUAAAAUACUGCUCCCCGGACACUCAUCCCAUUCAGUGGCUUCGCGAAAACUGGCACAAGCUGGUGCAGACCGUGCAGAGUUUGUCCACCAAGUACGGACAGGAGAGGGGUGAAAACACGAUCGGAACUGUGUCCCAAAACGAGGCACGCGAGGCAUUGCGCAACUCAGGGGGAAAUGUGUGGCAGGCGGUGGCGGACUGCAUCCAACAGAGGCAGCAGAAGUACAGGAAACUGGCGGCCAAGGGAAACUUCCUGCGGGACGACAUUGUAAACGCGCUGACUGCGCACCAAGAUAUCCAUGACUUCUUGAACACACACGCCUUGGACUGCCUGCAGCCUCCAUUGGCUGGGCAGAGUCCCAGCCCCGCCCAAGCCAAUCCUUUCGACCAACCCCGCACCGACGAGAGCCCCGUCAAAUCCACCUAUGCCACACCCAGUCCCUAUCAGAUGGAGGACAGCACCCUGAAGAACCUGGAGAUACUCAUCGGCAACAUGGAACAGAACCAGGCCAAGCAGAAUCAGGAGGUUCUACGUUCCAUCGAGACCAUGCUGGACACAUUCAAGGGCAAGUCGGAUCUGGAGUACGAAACGGAUCCGGAGAUAAUGCGUAUCCUAACAAAGAGCCCCAUUAGCACGUUGAAGCCAUCUGGACCAAAAGAGGAUAAGUCCACCGAUGAUGUGAAGAACUUUGUAUGGCAACACAUUCAGGAAAUUGUGCCCAACCUGGUGCAACAGGUCGAACAAGAGCUCAUGGAGAAACCGGAAGAGGAAUCUAAAAUUGAGGUAGAACAUCCAAAGGAGCCUGAACCUCCACUCGAACCUCAUCCUGAGCCCACACCAAGUGUCGAUCCUGCUGUCUAUAUCAUGGAGGAAGUCAUAAAGCCCAAUUUAAGGGAAGCAAGCAUACGUGAAGAGGUUCAACCCAGUUUUAUCUAUGCCACUGAAAUAGCCAACUUCAAGUUGGAAUUUGAUCGUGGCACUGAACGAUGGCACGAGGCGGAAUGGGAAAGCUGCGAUCUUACGGAUGCAGAACGCAUAGUAUACAAAUGCUAUAUGGCUCCCAAAGAGGAACCCAAGGAGGAGGUUGAACAGGCAGCGGCUGAGAGUUCCGUCAAUUCGCUUCCAACAGCAAAAACACAAGAAGAAGCUGCCCCAGAAGUAUCCAUUGAAGCUCAAAAGAUUGAAAAUACAGAAGUUACAGAACCAGAAACACUAACAAGAAAAGAGACCGUUAAUGAGGAACUUGGCCAGCAGGGAAAACUAGAAACACCAUUAGUAAAUACGAGUGAGAAAAUUAAUCAAGCAGUUCCGCAGUCAGCCAAUGAAAGUGACAAAAGAAUAUCAAUUGAAAAUAAUUUUCAAAGUAAGCAGAAUGUGGCAGAAGUACAAGUCCAGUCGGAUGACCAGCCAAGCACAAGUAGAGAAGCCAACCGAAGAGCUAAGAGAUCCCAGCAAUCAAGAAAAGGUAGAUCACGUGAGCAAAGCCAAAAACCAACAAAUCGUACAAAGCUACCAUACAAUAUCGAUCAGAAAGUAAAUGAGUCAAAAACAGCAGCUAAGGAAACAGAAGCAGUCAAAGAUCAGAGUGCUGCUGAAAGUAAUAUACAGCCAGUUGUUGCUGCAUCUGAUCCUAAAACUCUCACACCCCCUAAAAUACUAUCUGAAGGAACAAAUAGCAACUCUUUCGACUUAUCCAUUCAAAAUCAGAGUGCGGUUGAAACUAUGGAAAACGUACCUUCUACCGAAAUAAACGAUAAUGUGUCGAUAGAGGUAAUCUCAAAUCAAUCCGAAGAAGUUCCAGCGAUUCCGGAUUUGGGAAGCACGAAGGCCAUAUCUAAACCCACUGCAAACCCAAUCGAAGAAAUUAAGUCCGUACAAAACAUAACAAUUGCUUCAGAACAAGCUGAAGAGCCUCAAAAACCAGAAAACCAUAGCGAAGUAUCUGAAACUACAGAGGCAAUUCAAAUCCCUCGAGAAGAAGCAAGCACUGAAAUAGUCAGCCCUCCAAACGAGGAACAAUCUGAAUCUUUAAUAUCACAGGAAGUUAAUGUACAAGACACAUCAUCCAUCAUAUCUUCUCCAACUACUGACGUCAGUCCAAAAGUCGACAUAACGCCUAGUACCUCAUCAAUAUCUAACGAACAAAAGCAAAGUCCUAAGCGUCUUUCAAAGAUUCCCGUAAGAACCCUGAGCAGCAGCAGUCUUCGCAGUGAGAGUCGGUCCAGCAAUCGGACUCCAACGGCCAAUGAUGAGAUCGAAAGGGAAGAAACUACGUCACAAGAUGUACCCAUUGGGGAUACAGCCAGUUCUCCAAAAUCCGAAGAGUCGUCCGACAACCAGGCGGUUAAUCUCGUGAGCCAUGAAACUCAGUCCGAAAAGAAUACAAACAUUGUUCAAGAACCUCCCGUCCAGCCUUUAGGCUUGGAGCUGGAAGAACAUAGUCAGAAUGCAACUCCUAUAGCUGUCAGUCCCACAGACUCGGACGAAGUAUUCGAAGAUGCUCCCGAGUUCAGCGGUAGCGAUGGAACCAGACCCCAUGAUGAAACCGCUUCCGAUACAGAGCUUUAUAGCCUUGAUAGCGAUGGGCAGCGUGCUGAAACCAAAUCCCCAGAGGACGAAGUCGUACUCUUGCUGGAUGAGGAAUCCCAGCUGGAAUCUUCGAUAGCCCAGUCCGAAAGCAACGCAAGUCUUGGUUCCCACUCAAGUGAAUCCGAGACGUCCAAAGUUGUGCUGAAGGAGUUUGUUCCCUCUGGAGAUCCGUCCAAACAGAACCUAAGCGAACUGGUUGAGGACACUCAACGUUUGAUCAAGCAGAUGCGCGAUGAGAUCAGCAUGGAUGAGUUCGAGUCCACCGAUGAGGAUGAAUACUCCGAUGAAUACUCGGAUGAGUAUGACGAAGGGGAAGAGGAGGAGUGGUACGACAGCGAAGGAGAAGAGGAGGGCGACUUCGAUGGUGAGGAGGGCAAUACCUAUAACGAGCACGCAUCCUACAUCGAGGAGGCCUCCACUGGUGACGAAGGCACCGAAAUCGAGGACAUAAUGGAGGAGGACGAGGAUCUGGCUGAUGAGGAAGAGCCACUGCACUCACAAAUUCCACUAGACAUUGAACCAGUCAUAUCGCCUGCUCUAUCAGUCACACCCACCAACCAAGAAACUGAUACGAUCGCACACACUGAGGUUGUUUCCUCCACAGGAACAAGGCUGGAAACAGAGUUGCCGAAUCCCCCCGUAGAAUCCAUCUUGCCUUCUCAGAGUGUUCAGGAGGAUAUCAAGGUGGAAGCGCUUCCUAUUCAGUCCCCUCCCCCCAUAGCUGACUCCGAAACUCGACCUGCAGAGCAACCAGUUGAGCUUGUUCUAGAAAUCCCUUCAGAAGUUGAGCCUACUCCCGUUGAAGUGGAUCCCGUUGAAGAGCCCACUGCCAUGCCCAUAACACCUGCGCCACCCAUUGUUGAUUCCGAAUCGCGACCCGUGGAGCCGCCUGUUGAAACAGUACUGGAAGAACCUAAAAAGGUAACCCCGAGCAUGAAAGGCAAGACUGCAAACAGCGGGACUGCCUCCAAAGGUCCCUCCACAUCAAGUAAGACUAAAACAAACAAGACCACAGUCAGUAAGAUUCCCAAGCCCACCAAUGAACCCACUAACAAAUCGAAUAGCACCCCCUUGAACAAGAAGGUUCCGCUGCGCUCCAAGUCCUUUUCGGCACCCAUGGGCAUUUCAUCCGUGAAGCGAAUCCAAGAGGUCUACCUCCAGAAGCAGAGCUCAUCGAUUGCGGCCAGCCGAGUUCCGCUCAAGAGCAGUCCCGUCACCAAGAAGUCAAUCAACGAUGCCAUCAGCAGGUUUAACUCCAACCAGGCCGAUGGACCCAGCACCAGUGGAGCAGCGGCGGCUGCAGCGGCAUUGUUGAAACCUCGAUCCCAACCUCGAAUCCCCAAGAAGAAGUACCAUGAGACCUGCUUCUCUGACGAUGACUACGAGACCUCGGCCACGGAGGAGGAGCAGGAGGAACCCAACCUGGCCGAGCCCCAAAAAGCAGAACAACUGAAGCGUAAGAUGAGUAUGCCCGUUUUUCGGGCAUAUCCUAGUGUUCAAGAGCCGGUAAUCGAGGAUCCAGCGAUCCUUGCCCGCAAGUACGUUGAUCAGGAGCUGGUGACCAAUAUCGCAGAGGCCCAGAUAGCCGCCACCUUGGUGAGCAUGAAGUUCUCGGAGGACGUGGCUCUGUGGGCGGCGAGGGAGUGCUCCGAUCUGGACCAGGCCAUUGGCAUGCUCCAGCAGGAGUGCGAGCUUUGCAUGAACAGCUAUCCCAUGAAUCAGAUGGUGUCCAUGUUGAAGUGUCUACACAAAUGCUGCAAGCAGUGUGCCAAGAGCUACUUUACAGUUCAGAUAACCGAUCGCAGUAUCAACGAUUGCAGUUGCCCGUUCUGCAAACUGCCCGAGUUGAGCAACGAGGCUCAGCACGAGGAUGAACACCUCGAGUACUUCUCCAACCUGGACAUCUUCCUGAAGAGCAUCCUGGACAACGAUGUGCACGAACUGUUUCAGCGUAAGUUGCGAGAUCGCUCGCUGCUGCAGGACCCCAACUUCAAGUGGUGCAUCCAGUGCUCCUCCGGAUUCUUCGCCCGGCCCAAGCAGAAGCGAUUGAUCUGUCCGGACUGUGGAUCCGUUACCUGUGCCCAGUGCCGGAAGCCCUGGGAGCGCCAGCACGAGGGCAGCAGCUGCGAAGCCUAUCUGGAGUGGAAGCGCGAAAACGAUCCCGAGCUGCAGGCCCAGGGUGUCCAGGAGCAUUUGGCCCAAAACGGCAUCGACUGUCCUAAGUGCAAGUUCCGAUACUCGCUGGCCAGAGGCGGAUGCAUGCAUUUCACCUGCACCCAGUGCAAAUUCGAGUUCUGCUACGGAUGUGCCCGGCCCUUCAUGAUGGGCGCUAAGUGCACUGUGUCCACAUACUGUGCCAAGCUCGGUCUGCAUGCCCAUCAUCCGCGCAACUGCCUGUUCUACCUUAGGGAUAAAAUUCCCCUGCAGUUGCAGUUCCUGCUCAAGGAGCAGAAGGUCAGGUUCGACACGGAGCCCAUGCAGAUCAAGGACGAGUCCAGCAGUUCGUCCAAGGCUCGUGCCCAGGCCCGCUGUCCCAUCCCACUGCAAAAGGAGACGCCGCAAGGACUAGUCGACACAGUGUGCAACACGGAAGUUCCUGACAAGCACGCUGGCAUGUGUCGCACCCACUACGUAGAGUAUUUGGCUGGCAAGGUUGCCAAGGCUGGCAUCGAUCCACUGCCCAUCUUCGAUCUGACGGAUUGCGUCCAGGAGCUGCGGAGGCGAGGCAUCGCUCUGCCGGAGAGGGGACCCUGGGACACCGACGAGAUCUACAAGAACAUGUGCUCCGAGGUAAUCAAAAAGCAUAUACCACUGAAAUCGGCAUGAGCACAAUCUGAACAAGUGAUGUUUUGGAAGCGGACGACUGUUGCAAUUCUUCACCAAUAUCUUUGAUUUAUGGCGGCACUUUUAUAGACAUUUUUAUACACCCACCCCCACAGUCACGAAUCAAACUUCAGUGCUAGACAGUUUGUUAGACAUUAGACAUGGCAUGUAUACACCUUCAUUGUACACCCACUCAUCGUUUAUCCAUCCAGAAACCUUUCCCAUUUUGUUUAGUUACUAAGAGAUGGAAAACUACAGCCAGAAUAUCCGCACGUGUAAUAGAGUGCAUCCAAUAAACGGCGGCAUAUGUGAAAAUCCAA